ACGUAAUUGACAUUGACGUUGCUUAUCACAGUUCGUCUUCGGUCGAUUAUUUUAUUAUUUACGCAGAGCGAUUAUUAUUUAUAAAGAAAACAGUGAUUUGAGUAAAUAAAAGUAUACAAAAACAUAAUGAGUGAUUUAUUAGAUGAAGAUUUGGAGUUCCGCGGCGGUACUUUGCAGCUGUCGACGGACACGAACGUGGCGGAGAAUUCAGAAAGUAAUCCUACUAAUAAUACGGAUAAUUUGGGACGAAGGAAACCCCCAUCUAGUGUAAAUCCCUCAGUGUUGUCUGGUGCAAAUUCUUUGACCUCCUCUACGUCUUCCUUUGCCGAUGCUCGCGGGUCCGAGGAUCAGGUGAAUCCUGCAUCAGAGCAAGCAACAGGUAUUCAAGCGGUAUUCCCUCGUUACGAUGUGCCAUUUGACAAGGAGAAUAUCAAAGACUUCUUUACAUUCCGCAAGGGAGUGGUGGACACUGCCAUACAGGAGUGUAUCACUGCUCUGCUGUUCCCUGAAGAUGGAGAGUACUUAGGAUCCUGGCUGCUGACUGAAAUAACCCUAUGGGACAAUGAAAAAGAGAGGAUUAUCCUUCUAACUUCAAGACUGGUGAUGACCAUCAAAUAUGACUUCAUAGCUAUGAAGCAGCUGGACUUCAAGAAGACAUACCUGGAUGACCUGGACACCAUUGUUAUUGGGGACCUGGUCUAUCCUCCGUCAUCGUUAGUUCCUCGCCUGAACGGCAUCGCAUCGGGGGUAACGACGGUCGUGAAAGACUGCGUGAUCGACCGUCUCUGUCGGCGCCCCUCCCACGAAGAAGUUGAACACCAGAACAGUAAACUGUUCGAUCCCAAGUAUUUUGAACCUAGAGAGCGCCACCUCCGAGGAGUGCGGCUGAUGUGGAACAAGGGUGAGCCCAUCCCAUUGAAGACCGUCUGGAACCCGUUCAGCCAAGAUGUGCCCUUCCUCACUUUCGCAUCACAUCCCAUCUUCUGGUAUAAAGAAGGCGGUCCAGAAGAAAAAGCGACAUACGACAUGGAAACAUUCGCAACAAAGCUUCAACGGGCGAUAGAAAACAUGACGUCAUCAGCGUGCUGCAUACACCAUUCCCCCAUAGUCAUACAGAGUUACGUAGGAGUGACGUCACUACUACACAACAAGACUAGCAUGGGAUUCUUCAAAGUCCGAGGGAAAUUCAGCUUCUAAGUAAAGGUAUAUCUCAAUGGUUACUUUUUAUAAAGCUGUGAACUGGUACACAGCUCGUGUGGCUCUGGACGGCGGUAGGUAGACGAAUAUAACUGGAAAUGUACUACUGAAAUGAAAUUUAUUUGAGAUGCUCAUUGGUCGGUAAAACAGUGAUUGACAGACAUUGUAUUGGACUAUACUACCUGUCAACCUAAGUCCUAACCUUGAAGUUGCCAAUGAAUAUAUUGUUCUUGGAGUAUGCUACCAGGCGAAUAGCCAAACAUAGGCUUAUUAAAAGUAUACAUGAUAAAGGCGUACAUCUGGUCAUAAUGCAUUUCAUUAGUACAUUUUUGGCAUUAAAGAUCGGAAUCUUGUUAUGUUUAUUGAAGAAGCUUUUUCAGUGUUUUUAACAAGGGCGACUUUCUAUUGAUUGAACAAACGGUUCUCGAAAAAAUGCUCGAUGCUGAAUCUCAGAUUUAGAAAGCUCAACAUUAUGUACUUAGGUAUAUUGUUUACAUAUUCUUUGUUUUCUAUUAUAUGUUUUUAGUUAACUGUAACUAAAUAUUUCAGUAACGUAAUUAUCAUUUGAAAAUACAAUAUAAAUGUAACAAGAUUCCACUAAACGAUUUAUUAAUUAAUAAAUAAAUAUUAUAAAUAUUAUUAAUAAUCAAAUAAAAAUUAAAUUGUUGAAUUACAUAAAAAUUCGUAUGUUCUAAGCCUUAAUAAGUAUAAAAUAAUUAAAAAAAAAACGAAGCUGAUUGUGAUGUGUUGUGUUUGGUGAAUGCAUGUGAGUAUUUGCCAAAUAGCUUAUUAGAAGCUCAUAGCAGUUCAAGGUCAUUAAAGAAUUAAUUGCCGAAAGAAAACUGUUGAAGGCAAAUCCUUCGCUAAGCGUCCUUUGUAGCAAUUAACGUGUUAAAAAAAUGUUCAAGUCGCCCGUCUAGCUAAUGAAAGUGGUUCGGUAAUGUCUUAAACAAAUUCCUAAUAUGCAUUUAUAUAAAUAAAUAUUUUAACGUAUCUUAUCAAUACAUAAGCUGUACACGGCGGUUCCUUUACUCAACUCAAGUUUAGCAGCGUGUGUAAGAAUGAAAUUGCUAUGACAAUUUAGACCCAAUUAAGCAAAUAAAAGAAUAAUUUUGAUUUUAUUUUUAUAAUAACUAUCGUGAGACAUACCUACUAAAUGAAAUUACGUACAUUAAUAGAGAAAAGCUCUACUAAUUUCGAGUCACAGAGGGACUCUUGACUCGUGCGCAGACGCGACAACUUCGUCGCUAGGCUUUUCUCCAUUAAUUUACGUGAGUAAACCAUGAUUUUUAGUUAGAUUUGAUUUUCGAAGUAUAUGAUUUGUACAGUAUGCCAAUUUGCGCACUAUCAUUAUAAACACUGGCGAAAAUUGUCAGUAAUUCAUGUACACCGCUGCUUCACCAGUAAAGACAUGAGACCUUACCGCAUUUUAAACAGACAAGAACACUCAGUAAAUCACCUCAGCAUUUAAAUUGCCAGUUGCAUUUAGAUGUGGGCUAAUCGUUGAAGCAAUUUAGACCUAAAUACUUGGCUUUAGAGCAUUGUUUGUGAUAACUAAUACCGUUAGUACUUUAGUUAUAUUUUCGAUGUUGUGUUAUAGUAAUAAUAUUAUACAUAAUUAUGAUUUAUUAAUUACAUUAUUGGUAUAAAGUGUGUGUUACAGCUAGUAUGUGCAUCUGCCUACUCCCCCGAGGAGUAAUUGGCUAGAUUUUGUGUUUUAAUGUUGUUUUUAAAUUAACACACAUUACUUGUUGAUUAAAAUACCUUUAUUUAAAAGCGGAAAUGGUGAUUUCGCCCGCUCAUUUCGUGCUCAUUUCGUGCUCAAAAGAAAUAAAUUCCUAUGUUCUUCAGUAAUGUCUAAACACAACGAUAAAAAAAAAAACGCUUUGUCCUGACGUAAUAGAAAGACACACAACACACUUUCGUAUUUAUAAUACAUAUUAAUAAGAUUCAAAUUAUAACGUUAAGGCGAUCAAAUUGUUGAUUUUUAUUGUUCAAAAAUAUUGUUGAAUUCUUCUUAUCUAUGAAAACAUAAUAAAAAGAAAUUAGUCUUGAAAAAUGAACGUAGAUAGGAACAUGUUUGACAAUUAGAACGAGAUUAUAAAAUAGCUGAUCGUAGCUUUUGCAUAAAUUAAAAUUAUUGAUUUAAUAUAGUAAAUAUCUAUAAAAUACUUACUUAUACUUGAAAAAUAUUGUGAGGCGAGUCAAUUGUCAAGCCUUAAUUUUAUUAAUAUACUUAGUCGUUUCUUUGUUGUAAUAAAAAUUACAAUGACUAUCUCUUUUCACCAAUCAUAAGCAGGUAUAUCAUCUGAUAAAAGUUUGUCGUUGAGUUUUGCAACACUCUGUGUAUAGAAAAGACGUUUGCGCUUUGGUAAAUUGAGACUAAAUCUUAGUGUACAUAGAGUUCAAUAUUGAAAGUCAUUGGGAGUAUGAAAACCCAUGAUAGUCUAUUUAGAACUUAAUGUUACUAACAAUCUUUUUAAUUUUUAAACUGUGACGUUUAGCGUUGGUACGCUCGUUGCACGUUUUUACGUACUAACUAUGCGUAGUAUACGCAACGUCGACGCAGCAUACACGCUUGAACUGGAAAUAUGCGAAAACUCUUUACAAAUAGUGAUGUAUGUGUAGUUUAAAAGCUGCUACUUGCAGUAAAAUGAUCAGUAUUCAAUUGGAAAAUUAAUUAUAAUAUUAGUUGUAAACAUGUUGAAGAAAUUAGUAGCGAGAACUGUUUCUGUGCUGAAGUUAAUUUUGUGGCACUAUUGUUAUUUUUUAAUAUUCUUUCGUAAUUUAAUUGAGUAUAAGUUGAUAAUAGUAAAAAAAAUAUACCUAGAUGCUAGACAGAUUUUAAACACGAUAAUAAAAAUUAAAAUUUGUCGUCUUGAAGACUUUUACACGGCAGAAUACUUAUAACCUUAAUGGAAAGAGCGUAUUCUUUAUUAAAAUUCCGGUAACGCACUGGUGACUUCUCUAUUGUAAUUGUAAGUGAUCAGUAAUAUCAGUAUACUCGUUUGCCUGCUAUAUUUAAAAAAAAUAUGCUAACCCUAACUAACUUACGAAAGAUUACGUUAUAUAUACAUAUAAUAAUUAUUGUAUACGUGUUAUAAUGAAAGGCAAGAUUUUGUUGUGUGAAAAUAUAAGCUCAUCUUCCAAUAACAUAAUAAUAUUUAGAUAUUACUUUAUUUAGUACUGGCUUAGUGUAAAUGUUGCUCAGAAACUAUGUGAUUUUUAUGUUAAGUUGCGUAUGUUAUUUUAUUAUAUUAAUUGAAAAGAACUUUAAGAAUCAAUCUAACGGUUUACGUGGUUUAGCAUAUUAAAAAAGCCUAGAGAGCAGAGAGCUAGUGUUUUAAAUAUCAAGAGGGUUAUUUUAGACUCGAAAUUGUAUUAACUCGUGGAUACAUUGCUUCUCAUUUUUUCUUAUAGUAUUUUCUAUUAAUAAAAUAAAAAAUAUAUACUCUAAAGAGGGUCUAUGUUAGCUACUUACUACUUAUUUAGUAAUAUGUUGUAUGCUGUUCAAAGUGUAGGUAUGUCAGUUGUAAUAUACGAUAAGUUUUCUAAAGUUAUAGAACUUAUAACAAGCCUGGCGAAAAGUGAACAUUAUAAUAGGGGCUUCUAAACAGGCAAUAUAUUUCUGCAUACGCAGCAAAUUUUAAGUGUCGGAGAGCCUUGGUUCGGCAUGAAUGGGCCUGCUCGAUUGGAGUAAUACCAUGACCUCACAGAAAACCGAAGUACCACACUAUACAGUUACAUAUUGCAGAAAAAUAUCGCCCGUUUAAAAACACCCUUACUGACAUAAAAAGUGUGAUUUUAUGCAUGUCAUGUAUUAUACCAAUGUUUAUGUAAACCUUAUAUGGUGUAACCAGAUUAAUUUAUGUAAUGUUAUUUUAUUCAAAUAUAUUUUAUUUUGUUACAGUUAUAUAGAUAGAUUUAUGUAGUUUUUACAUAUUUAUGUAACAUAUUAUAAAGUUUAAGUUUGUGUAAAUAGUUUUGUAGUUUGUUUAAAAUGUUGAAAUUAGUUUUUGAGACAGUGAAGUAAAAAAUACAUAGUUAAUUUGUUUAACUACUUAUUAGGACAUUUCAUUUGGCAUAUUAUUCCACUUUUAUUUUAUUUAAAAUAAUAAUAUUGGCUGUUUCAAGGUCUGAUAUAAAUGUAGUUUAAAAUAAUAUUUUUGGAAUAUGUAAGAAGCGACUGUUCUGUAAUUGUGUGUAAUUGUUAUUAAUAUCUCAUUAAUAAAGUCAUUUUCAAUCUUAUUCGUGUAUCGUAACGAUCAUUUUCGCUUGUUACUACUAUAAGUAGUAUUGAUAUUUGUUCACUACAACGUUGAUAAACUAAUAAAUACAUACAGGAUAUAAAGUAGGCACUAUUAACAUCUACCUAUGCAUCAUUUAUUAAAGGGUUUGAUGUUGAGUUUAAAAGCAUCACAUCUUGUCAAGUUGUUGCUAUACACUUUUUAAAAUGGUAAAAUUCAGAUUUGUCACGUAACAAACAUUAAACGUUACUUACAAAAGUAUUGUUCUUAACGUCACAGACAAUGAAACAAAACACAUUCUUAAAUAAUAAAGUACCUUAUAAUUCCAAGAAUAAAGUAUAGAUUCAUUUCACCUCAAAAUUAUAUUGAAUUACAGCCGAAUCAUAGUGUAGAAGUUCAAGGUUAACCCGUUGUCUGUCGGAACGCAGAUCUACGCGAAACACAAUGUGUUUUCUAUUGUGUCUUAUAUACCGACAGACAAGGGGUUAAAUACCGAUGUUACUCAUUUCAUUAUUAAGAAAUAAUAAUUAAUUAAACACACCAAAUACAGUAGUACUAAUGGGGGUGACAAGAGAAUAUUAAAAAUCCAACUGGUUGGUUUUAUCGAAUAACUUUACGUCAUGCAAUUUUGCAUAUUCGUUAUAUCAGCGUUAUAAGAGACAAAACUACGUGUCCCAUAUAUUAAAAUUUACUGAUGAGAAUUAAAACCGGUAUAGUAAUUGUCUCCUAUACUUAAUACAUUGCUCUAGGCCUACAAUCAUAAUAAUUCAUGGUUCUAACAAUUAGUAUAAUCUAGAAAACUAAUUUAAGUUGUGAAAGCAAGUAUACUUUAACGAAAUACAUAAUAAACUAAUGUUAAUUAAUAUAUAAAUAGUUAUGUUGCUGUUUGUGUAUCCGUAUACUUUGUGUCAUUGAAGUUUGUCUUAUUAUCUUUAACUAAUAAAUAUUCAAAUCAUAA